AUGGGAGAAGACAAAUUUACAGUGAAAGUGGUCUUAUUCAAAUGUCACGACCUCGUGGCGAUUACGAACGAAGUUGGUGGUAAGAGUAGCGCAUCCGUCGUAUUCACUUUAGAUGGCGUAUCCAAGAAGAGCUCGUGUGUCAAAAGCAGCCUGGACCCGCAUUGGUCACCACCUGAAAAAUUUGAGUUCAAGGUGGACGAGUGGGAGAAUCAAUUCAUGAUCGCACAGGUGUUCGACUAUAGUCAACAAAGCAAGGGUGAGCUCAUUGGGUCGGCCGUAAUUCCAUUGACGCUCUACGCUGGAAACAGAAACUGCGAAAUUUGCAGUUACCCAUUGGUGCUACCAGAUGAGGUAGGCGGAUUGGGGUCACCCAAGAGCGACAUGUUUCUACAGAUAAGUCUCUUAGCGGCAGACGGCAGCCCAGUAGAGGAAUUUUAUUGGUAA